CCGCUGGGCUCCGUGGCGCUCUGAGCGCCGCCGCUGGAUCGGGAGGAGGGCGGCCCUGGGGCUGCGGCUGAGGCUGGGCGGGUGGAGCGGGCGCCUGCUAACUUUGCUGCAGCCGAGAGAGAGAAGAUUGUAAAUGCCAGAGCCAUUUCACUGAUGGCUAGCUAUUGAAUUCUGACACUUCUGUAAAAAUACCUUCUUGCACAUAACCUUCAUCUGGAAGCAUUCAGAAAGAGCAGAUAAAACAAGACAGUAUUCCCAUUUACUAUGGCCAUACCAAUAACAGUGCUUGACUGUGAUCUCUUGUUGUAUGGCCGAGGUCACCGGACAUUGGACCGGUUUAAGCUGGAUGAUGUUACUGAUGACUACUUGAUGUCCAUGUAUGGAUUUCCUCGACAGUUUAUUUAUUACUUGGUGGAGCUCUUGGGGGCAAGUCUUUCUAGACCUACUCAGAGAUCCAGGGCUAUUAGCCCAGAGACACAGAUCCUUGCAGCUUUGGGCUUUUACACCUCAGGUUCCUUCCAGACUCGCAUGGGAGAUGCUAUUGGAAUCAGUCAAGCCUCUAUGAGUCGCUGUGUUGCCAAUGUCACUGAAGCACUUGUGGAAAGGGCCUCACAGUUCAUUCACUUUCCAUCUGAUGAAGCCUCCAUGCAGUCUCUGAAGGAUGAAUUCUAUGGAUUGGCAGGAAUGCCAGGGGUAGUAGGGGUAGUUGACUGUAUCCAUGUAGCAAUCAAGGCACCAAAUGCUGAAGACCUCUCCUAUGUGAACCGCAAAGGCCUGCAUUCUUUAAACUGCCUGAUGGUGUGUGACAUCAGAGGGGCACUAAUGACUGUGGAGACAAACUGGCCAGGUAGCCUACAAGACUAUGCUGUGCUGCAGCAGUCUUCAGUGAGCAGUCAGUUUGAAGCCGGAAUACAUAAAGAUAGCUGGCUUCUUGGUGACAGUUCCUUCUUUCCCCGCACCUGGCUCAUGACUCCAUUUCACAUUCCUGAAACUCCAACAGAGUAUCGGUAUAAUCGGGCCCAUUCUGCAACUCACAGCGUGAUUGAGAAGACCUUACAAACCCUCUGCUCCCGGUUCCGCUGCCUGGAUGGACUGAAGGGGGCGUUGCAGUACUCACCGGAGAAGUCCAGCCACAUCAUCCUGGCUUGUUGUGUCCUCCACAACAUUUCCCUGGAACACGGAAUGGAUGUUUGGUCCUCUCCAGUGAUGGGACCCAUGGAACAGCCCCCUGAGGAAGAGUAUGAGCAAAUGGAGUCCCUGGACUUAGAGGCUGACCGCAUCCGUCAGGAGCUGAUGCUCACUCAUUUCAGCUAGGGUAGAAGGUGGAGGGAAGGAGAUUUUCCAGAAGAAAUUGUAACAAAUUUCCACCCUCACUACUUCCGAUAGAGUUCUUUCAUCCAGUGAUUAAAUGUGUUCAUUUAUCAUGAAUUGACAUCUAAUCAGUUUUAGGAGGGCUGAGGCUAUGUUAACCCUUGAAAAUGAAUCAACUAAGCCAAACCCAAGACAGUGUUUCCCUGGUAUCCAGUAAGUGCAGGGCUGUGCACCUCUCAUGUAAAAGAAAGCUCAUUGGUUGCAAACACUAAUGAUUAUGGCCACAAAAUCAUUGUCAAGGAAAAAAUAGCAUAUAGCCAAAGCAUUUUAAAAUCUAGAAAUUACAGAUGAAAAUAAUA